UUAGUCCGGCUUCGUUGUAUGGAGUUUAACGUGGCUACUAUUGUGCUUGCUCAUGCUAAGCUAACCCUGUGACCAGUCUACGUGUAUCCCUCGUCCUGACACCAGUUCACGAUGAAGGCACUGCUGUUGGUGAUUGUCGCCGUGUGUGUGAAGUUUGAGCCGGGCAGAGGGGACUCUCCCUGCGCCCACUCCCCACACACCUGGUGCUCUUCUGCGGAGGCUGCAGUCCGCUGUGGGGUUUUGAAGCAUUGUCUGAAGGCUAACUACACCAAGCUGCAGCAGACAGCAGACCCAGUGAAAGUGGAGGUGUACCAUGAGAGCCUGUGUCCAGACUGUAGAGGAUUCAUCACCCAAAUGCUGUACCCCUCCUCGGUGCUGCUCAGAGACAUCAUGGACCUGACUGUGGUUCCCUACGGCAACGCUCAGGAAAGCUUUGAUGGGCAGAAGUAUGUGUUCACAUGUCAACAUGGAGAGCAGGAGUGUCUAGGCAACAUGAUCCAAUCCUGUUUACUGAACAUGACGAGGAGCAACGCACUCAUCAUCAUCUUCUGCAUGGAGGCCGCCACAGAUGUGAUUAAGGCUGCUAAAUCGUGUGUGGAGCUGUAUGCGCCUCAAAUCCUCUGGGACAAAGUGAUGGGUUGCGUGAAUGGAGACUUGGGAAACCAGAUCAUGCAUCAGAAUGCCCUAAAGACCAAAGCCUUGAAGCCUCCUCACACAUUUGUGCCCUGGAUCACUGUCAACGGGGUCCACACAGAUGAUCUACAGGAUAAAGCCAUGUCUUCUCUAAUUUCUCUUGUAUGCAACGAGCACCAGGGCCCCAAACCUGCAGUCUGUGGAUGAGGACAAAUACCUACUAAUCAGGCGUUUUAAGUGUCAGGGAAAAGACAACAUGGAAGGAACCAAAGGGAGAGCCUGAGAGGAACAACAGAGUGUGGAAAGAAAGCAAAAAGGUGCCUUUCAAAAGUUCAUUCACCCAUGGAUCAUGCAGGGUCUAUAUUCACCUCUAGAUGGAGCCAUAACAGCUUUCAGCGUUUUAACUAACGGGACUCCCUAAAUGCUGGCACCUCCUCUGGGGACACGUCUUAGCGUUCCAUGUCAAUCAAAGCUAACUAACUGCUGCCUGCUAUGUUUUCCCUGGAGAGAGUUCAUUUCAUAAUCAGCAGAUAUAAAUAUAGCAAAUAUUAAGGUUCAGAGAUAUUGACUCUAUUUUUGUGAUCUGUUAAAUACAGUUAACUGAUGCCUUUAUUUAUAAGUUUCUUUUGUCUAAAAUUUUUUUUUACUAGAACUCAGUUACCAAACUCUAAACUUCCCUGUUCCUAAACCUAACCCUGAUCUUAAUCCUAACCUUAACCUGUGAAACUAUAUAUUGUCAGAAAUAAACAUUUUUUAGCCUAACCACCAACACAAUGUGGGUGUUGUUUGGCAGAACUUGU